UUAGAACGAAUGAGCGUGGAUGGUUUGUGCCGAUACCUGAUGUCAGACGAGAAUGCUCCUGUAUUCCUUGACCGUCUGGAAGUUUACCAAGAUAUGGAGCAACCGCUGAGCCAUUACUUUAUCAACUCAAGUCAUAACACUUACCUGAUUGGUCGACAAUUUGGAGGCAAAUCAGCCGUGGAGAUGUAUCGCCAAGUCCUAUUGGCUGGUUGCAGGUGUAUCGAGUUGGAUUGCUGGGAUGGCAAGACUGACGAGGAGGAACCAAUUAUCACUCAUGGAAAGGCCAUGUGUACAGACAUCCUAUUCAAAGAUGUAAUCUACGCUAUAAGAGACACCGCAUUUAUCACCUCCGAGUAUCCCGUGAUUCUGUCGUUUGAGAAUCAUUGUGGUAAAAAACAGCAGUACAAGCUAGCUUACUAUUGUGAAGAGAUUCUUGGGGAUUAUCUUCUCAAGGAGCCAUUGGCUGAUUAUCCACUUGAACCGAAUCGUCCACUCCCUCCAUUAAGCAAGUUGAAGAAGAAAAUCCUGAUAAAAAACAAAAAGUUGAGUGCAGAUGUAGAAAAAGAUCAACUAGAAAGGAUGUCAAAGGGGAAAAUAGAAGAGGCGGAUGAGGACUGCGUCGGUGAAUCAGAUAGUUCCUCUGAAGAUGAGCAGCCUCCAAUUGUUCAGUCGUCACAGCGUGAGGCGAAGAAGACAAAUGCUGAUAUUGGUAGCAUCAUCGAAAACGGGGAAAGUGUUGCCUCCGAGUCGCCUAGCAGCACUGUGCCACCUAGUAACGGAGAAUUUAAGGAGUCUGAAGACAUUGACCUGAAGAUUUCUAACAAAAAGGGAGAGAUAAACCAAGAAGACAUGGAGUAUUUGGUAUCUGUGUACACUUACACAUCAACGACAGCAAACAUCAAUGCUUAUCUAUCACGUAUGGUCAACUACGCACAACCGGUGAAGUUUCCAGGCUUUGAGGUAGCGCAGGAACGUAGCAUCCAUCACAAUAUGUCAUCUUUCAAUGAAGCUGUUGGCCUUGGUUACAUCAAAAAUAACUGUAUUGAAUUUGUUAACUACAACAAACGCCAAAUGAGCAGGAUAUACCCAAGAGGAGGACGAGUGGACUCUAGUAACUACUUGCCCCAAAUCUUUUGGAAUGCUGGUUGUCAAAUGGUUGCCCUCAACUUUCAGACCCCAGAUAUUGGCAUGCAGCUGAACAUGGGAAAGUUUGAAUAUAACGGAUCUUGUGGCUUUUUAUUGAAACCAGACUUCAUGCGCCGUCCAGACAAAAACUUUGACCCCUUCUCGGAGUCACCGGUCGACGGUGUGAUCGCAGCCACGUGUAAUGUUAGGGUAAUAUCAGGCCAGUUUUUAUCUGACAAAAGAAUUGGAACGUACGUUGAGGUGGAUAUGUACGGUUUGCCGACUGACACCAUUCGCCGUGAGCAUCGGACGCGAGUCAUACCAAGCAACGGAUUGAACCCCGUCUACAACGAAGAGCCAUUCAUCUUUAGAAAGGUUGUGUUGCCAGAUUUAGCUGUUCUGAGGUUUGGAGUGUAUGAAGAAAACGGAAAGCUGAUCGGUCAACGGAUACUGCCCCUUGAUGGGCUACAAGCUGGCUACCGUCACAUCUCUCUGCGGACAGAAGGCAAUUUCCCACUGGCUCUGCCAACUAUAUUCUGUCAAAUUGAACUGAAAACAUACGUACCAGAUGGGCUUGGAGCUCUGGUAGAUGCCCUCUCGGACCCUAUGCAAUUUAUAUCCUUAGAGGAAAAGAGAGCACAACAAAUGAAAUCUAUGGGAAUUGAAGAGAAUGAUAUAUCUGAGGUUCCAUCAAAAAAGACGGGUAAAUCACCAACCACGCCCUCUGGACCUAAGAAUAUAUCUGGUAAACCGUUGCGUGCACAAACAUCAGUACCUGGUAACAUCAAGGAAAAGAUACGCGUACCUCCAAUUGAUAUUGAGUCAUUGAAGAAGGAUAAAGCAUAUUUGAAAGUAAUUAAAAAACAACAAAAAGAGUUAGGGAGCUUACAAAAGAAACAUACAAAGGAACAAGAAUCCAUGCUGAAAUCGCAUCAACUUACAGUAGAUAAAAUGGUGGCCGCUCACGACAAGGAAAAACAAGCCCAGGAAAAGAACCUUGAAAAGGCUAUUAAAAAGAAAGGAGAACAUAAAUGUGCCGAUCUGAAAAUUGAAACUGAAAACAAGGUGCAGUCUCUAGUCAACAACCACAAAGCAAAAGUUCAAGAGGUUGUAGCAGACCAGACUAAGGAAUGGAACUCGCUAACUUCAAGACAAACCGUUGAGGAAAGCACAUGCAGAGAAACACACAUUCAUCAAAACUGCGACAUCUUGAAACAACUGUUAUCAGUUGCCCAGCAACAACAGGAUAAGGACAUCAGACAGCAGCAUGAAAGGGCAAUGAAUGAUGUGAAAGCCCAACAAGUAAAGGAGUCAAUGGAUGCAAGGAAACAGCAUGCAAUGGAUAAGAGGAUAAAGAAUAAAGCUGAAAGAGAACGAAGAAUCAGGGAACAACAAGCAACCUAUGCUAAGAAAUUCUCUUCAGAAAGAGAAAGGAUGAAAUCCAAUCAUGACAGACAAAUAAAAGAAAUGAAGAAAGAGCAUCAAAACCAAGUGGAAAAACUGGUGAAAGAAACAGAAGAAAUGAUUCAAAAGGAACGUAUACUAGUGGAGGAAACAAAACUAGCAAACAAACCAGAAUCAAUGGUGUAAGGAGGACAAGAGAUAUAUAAUUGACACCACACUUAUAUACAUAUUAUAUUAUAUAAUGUACAUAUAUACGUAUAUAUAUGUAUGGAACCAUUAGUGCAAUAUGUUAGUAACAUACUUCAUAACAAGAAUACAAGAUUAUGAAAUUGUUAAUUAGAUAUGAUUAUUGAAAUUGGGUAGUCAAGUGUUCGAUUAAGACAAAAUAAUGUUAGAAUAUCUUACUACAAAUCUGUAUUACCUCAGUUUUCUUGUAUUCGUUUCAAAUAUACAACAAUUUAGGUGAGAUUCUGAAAUGUUUUAAAAUAAAAAAUAUGUUAUUCAAACAUUGGUUUCUAUGAAGUACUUGGAUUAAUUAGUAAUCCUCGAUUAAAUAGUCAUUUUAAUUAAUUCAUUUUUGUUUCUUUUUUUUUUUUACCAUAAACGAUUAAGAUGUAACAUUUGUGGCAAUUAGUCAAACAUCAGGAAAAAUCCAAAUAUAUGGAAAGCUGGUAUCAGUAUUCAAAUUACUUAAAAAAGUGAUUUCGAUUAAUAAUAAUCAGCACGUUUUUAGUCUUAUUAAUAAUAUGAAUUUUGUCACAUAAUUUACCCAACGUUUUUUUAGAAUGUAUAAAGAUAUCCACCAAAAUGUAUAACCCAUCAAGCCAAAAUUAUUUGAUUUUAAUUAGUCUUUAAAGGAUUCUUUAGGUGAAAUUAUUGUGUGUUAUUUACUGUUUUUAUAACGAUUAUUAAUUAUUAAAGAUUAAGUUAAUUGAUAAGAAAUAUCUUACCCUAAGGAAUGUAUGUUGGCUAUUUUUACACUGUUAUAACCUUUGAUAUCAAUUUAGACUGUGUUUGUGUGCAAUAGAUGCCUUUCAAUUAGUAAUUACUGUAAUUAAUUAAUUCAUUCAUUAAUAUUUCUAUCAUUCCAAUUGUUUUAAAUCACCUUUAGUAAUGUAUAGUAGGUUGUAUUAAAUUCAUAUUUCUUAUCGAAAACCUUUGCAUUUUUUCUAAAAUUUAAUGCAAAAACUUAUUUAAAGCAUUGUAAAGCUGAAAUUUUAUUUAGUUUUGAAUAUCAAUGAGAUAGAACGAUGAAAUUGGUAGUAGGGCACUUCAGGUUUCAUCUCACUAAUAAAUAUUUUAAUUACAAAUUAGUUUCUUUCAGAAGUUAAAUAUAGAUUAACUUCUGAUUUUAUCAAUAGAACCAUUGACUUGUUUUAACAUUUUUAAACAUUUUGGUUUUAUGUUUUCUACCAUCAUGAAUAAUAUUUUACAAUGACCAAAUUCUAACAACAACAUUAGCCUAAAAAGAAAUAUUAUUCAUCGUGGGAAAUAAAAUUCUUCCUGUCAUUUUUUUGGUGCUGCCUAUAGAGACUGUCUUUAAACUUUAGUUCAUAUUUUUAAAGUCCUUUUGAAGAUAGUGGUGUCUCUUGAAAUUUACCAAGAGAGGUAAAAAAUUUCCGACAGCUCAGAGCGGGCUACUAUAAAGGACUACUACUCUUUUGUCAGUAUCCCGUAGUAAGGUUCCUAAUGAGGAUCAAGAAGAUAUUCUAUAAUUUAAUUAAUAUUUUAAAUAUUUUGGACCUUAAAUGGUGUCCGACGACAUGGGUCAGUGAUUGUCCAAUGGGACAAAAUAACCUUUAACCCCACUAGCACAGCAACUGCUUGGAGCAUGUUUGUCAUUGUUUAUUUACAUGGACUAAGAGCGUGGUAGUAUUGAAGUAGGCCUCAAAAAAAAAAUUAGGCAUUAUAUUUACACAAACUGGAUGUACAUAGUAUCACAAGAAGUUUGCUAAUGUUAAAAUAAUUUUGUGAAGUGAAUAGAAUCAUUUGAAACCUUGAAAUAGAUAUAUGGUCUUAGGUGCUGAAUUUGGUAAUAUGUAAAUGAGAUAAUUAAUA